AUGAACGGGCUGGAGACGGGCCGAGCAGCGCACCUGGCUUUACCUGGAGGAGAUGGCAAUACACUGCUCAACAACGUCCAGCAACUCAAAGUCCUCAUCACACAGGCCAAACAAACCAGUCAGAGCGCAGCGCAUGCCCCCAUCAGCCCAGAGAAAUACAGAAAAGAGUCCUUUCAGAGUCAGCUGUCACUCAGUGAAGAACCCGAGGGGAAAAUCAAUCAAAUUAUCAUCAAGCACACGUGUGUGAACUGCGGUCGAGAGGCGUCCAGUGAGUGUGCGGGCUGCCAUAAAGUCCAUUACUGCUCUGGCUUCUGUCAGCGGAAGGACUGGAAGGAGCAUCAGCUGAGCUGCUGUCCCCCGAGCACGACUGUCAGCAUUCAGGAAGACGCUCAGAUGGCCGGUGUGGAGGGUGGAGAAAGGGAAGGCCUAGGACCGUGACGUAUGAGGUCUAGAUGGGUGUUCACUUCCGUUCAUGUGUUUAGUUUAGCUAUAAAGCCUCGUGGUAGCAGCCCCCUUACACACUGUGACAUACAGAGCAUACAUGGAUGACGUCUGUACCAUAUGAGCAGUUUCACCAUAUCACUAUGGAUUUUGUAUGUGAAUGUAAUCCUUAAAGCGGUAGUUCACCAAAAAUCAUUUACUCAGCCUUAC